UCUCCCUCUGGUUUGCCCUCAAACCAGAACAAAAGACAAUGUGCGCACCCUUUGUUUUCUUCCUAGAACAGGAUUUCCCAUUCCCAAACCUUGAUUGGAUGGAGGAGGAGGCUGUGAAGAAGAAAAAGGAGCCCUGGGAUACCCAGAUAGAAAAGAAGCUGAUGAUGGAGACCAGGGAGGAAAAAUCUGCAUGGCAGAACAUCGUGGUAGAGGCCAUUUUGAGCAACUCUAGUGCACAGGAAUCCAAUGGGGAGGAAAAGUCCCAGAGAUCCCUCAGGAGGAGGGGCUGCAAACCCAGCCCAGGGUGCUCUGAGGAAGAAAGACCCAUCCUGAGCCAGAAAGGUGGACAGAGCUUCAGCCAGAGCUCAGCACUGGUGGUCCAUGAGCAGCUUCAUGAUGGGGAGAAGCCCCACAAGUGCUUGCAGUGUGGGAAGAGCUUCAGACGGAGCAGCACCCUGAUCAGCCACCAGAUGAUCCACACUGGGGAAUGGCCCUAUGAGUGUGAGGAGUGUGGGAAGGGCUUCAGCUGCAGCUCCCAGCUCAUCACCCACCAACGCAUCCACACCGAGGAGAGGCCCUACGAGUGCCCCAAGUGUGGGAAGAUGUUUCAGACCAGCUCCAAUUACCUCUGCCACCAGCGGAUUCCCACCGAUGAGAGGCCUUUCUGCUGCCCUGAGUGUGGGAAGGGCUUUAAGCGCAACUCCCACCUCAUCAUCCACCAGUGCAUCCACACUGGGGAGAGGCCCUAUGAGUGCCCCACCUGUAGGAAGAGGUUCCAGACCAGCACAAAUCUGUGCCUGCAUGAGCGGAGUCACACUGAGAAGAGGCCCUUCCACUGCCCUGAUUGUGGGAAGGGCUUCAAGAAAAAAUCCACCCUCAUCACCCACCAGCAUAUCCACACUGGGGAGAGACCCUACGAGUUCUCCACAUGUCCUGGUUUAGGGCAAAUUUGUUAAAGAAUCUGCAAAGGAGGGCCCCUCCAGAAAGUAAAACCCACACGGCCCCUCCCCCCAACCGGUUCGGGAAAAAAUUCCUUGGAGAGAGGUGGAAAGAACCUGUUUAUUUCAGGCACAGCACCCCUCAGCACUCAAAAUGAACAAUACCCGAUGACACCGCUCUGAGAAAGAUGACAAAAUCCGAAAGUCUCUUUCGGGGGUGGUUGCUCUUUUCUCAGUCCCUCCGGCGCUGGGCAGCUGCUGCAGCCAAACCUUCAGUGUUCCCAGGUCCCAGUCCGGAGCAGGUUCGAGAUGGUCACAGGAACAGGAGAGGAGAAACAGUCCAAAAUGGAAUUUGGACUGUUUAGCUAAACUAGCUAAUAAGCAGAAGCAAAAGCGAGAGCAGAAGCAAGAGCAGAAAAGCAAGCAAGCAAAGCAGCAAGCUGAAAGCAAGAAGCAAAAAACAGCCCUAUGUACUGCUUGUCUCUGUGUCCCUGAUAAGAGAAACCCAAACAAAACUUCCACUCUUCGGAGCCAGUCUUAAAGGCACAGGACAGAUGAAUGGGGAUACAAGCAUCAUAACGUCACCCCAGGACACCACAUCAAGGGAAGAGCUUCUCCAUGAGCUUGGACUUGACCAGACACCAAUGGAGUCAGCAGUAAGGGAAGUUCUGCGAGUACCCCAACUGCAGGAAGAGCUUCAUGCCCAGCCCCAGCUUUUAUCCCCAUUGGAGGUCCCACGUUGGGAAGAGCCCUGGGGAUCCAUUUUCCCUGUGAUCCAUGCUGGGAAGAGAGCUGUCCCUUUUCCUGCCCCUCCCAAUGACAUGAUGUGGCAUUGAAAAACAUGAGGGUCUGGCCAUGGACAUGUUAUUACAUUCACUCCCACCUCAGGUCAUUGCCGGGAGCAGGAAAGGGACUCUAUCUCUCUCUCUCUCUCUCUCCCUGAGGAGAAGGGUGAAAUUUCCAGGAAGGGGAAAUUGUGGCCAGGAAGACCCAGUGAGUUGAGAUUUAGUUUUCCCUGUAAACAGUUUUAUUUAUCCUUUCUGUUAUCAAUAUUGUUUCUGUUCUUGUUUUUUCCUGAUCUCGUUGC